AUGCGUUCCUCUCUCGUUCUGCUCGCCGGUCUGGCGGGCUCGGCUCUUGCCUACCCUACCGAUAUGGCCGUUGAGCGCCGUACCUUUGGUCUCCUGGCUGAGAUCCUCGGCGGUGUUUCCGACAUCACUGUCGACGUGACCUCCAUUCUCAGUGCUGUCCUCGGCGGCGUCCACCACAGCCACUCUUCUUCCCUCCUUGCUGGUCUCGGAGCUGAGGGUGCUGCUGCGCUUGAGGGUGGUGCCCUGGGUUGCAAGGCCGGUGUUAUCCACGCCAAGGCUCGUGCUGCCCUCAAGGUCUGGCUCCACCUUCACGCCGACCUCGAAGCUUCCCUGAAGACUUCCCUGAUCUCUUGGUGUGAGGGUGACGAUGAGCUCGUCCUCUCCGCUGAUGUCUUGGCUGCUCUUGCCGUAUAUAUCCCCUCGUGCGCCGACAUCGCCGCCAAGGGUCAGCUCUACGUUACCAUUGAUGGUAUCUUCGGUGCUUCCUCCCUCGAGUCUGCUCUCGUCCUGAGCGCUUCCUUCCAGUCCUCUCUCUCUGCUUGGAUUGAGGCCGCUGUUGGCCUUGACGUGGAUGUCAAGGCUGGUCUCCAUGCCUGCGCUGCUGGUGGCGUUGUCGCCAGUCUGAGUGCUGAUGUCAAGGCUGGCCUCCUCGCCUGGAUCAACGGUUCCAGCUGUGAUCUCAGCGCUGAGCUCAAGGUCGCUAUUCUGGCCUGGAUCAACGGCCACCACGGCCACGGUCUCGUUGAGAUCGGUGCUCUCGGUGAGGCUGCUCUCUCCACCAUCUCUGUUGGUGCUUCCGUCGGCGUUCACGUCGAGGACUCCGGUAUUCUCUCCGUUGGAGGUCAGGCCUCCCUCGCUGCCUUCCUCGGUGCCGACGUCUCUGCCGACCUCGGUGCUGAUGUCAAGCUUGCCCUCGAAGCCUGUGCCAAGGGCAAGGUUGCCACUGCUGUUGACCUCGACAUCCGUACCAAGCUCGCUAUCUGGCUCUCCGGCUCCGACUGCUCGCUCGGUGUCGAACUCAAGGCCGUCGUUCUCUUCUGGCUGUCCUUCGGUGUUGAUGUUUCCGUCUCCGUUGACCUCGUCAGCGGUGUUCUUACUGAUGUUACUGGUCUCCUCACCGAGCUCCUCUCCAGCCUGAGCGUCGACCUCCGCACUGCUCUCUCCGUCAUCAUCUCCGGUGGCAGCCUCGAGUCCGUCUCCCUGUCUGCUCGCGCUGAGCUCGCUGCCUUCCUCGGUGGCUGCACUGGCCUCGAGAUCGACGUCAACAUCCAGCUCAUCAUCAUCGAGUGGUUCACUGGCUGCUCCAUCCCCGGCGCUCCCUCCGGCACCAAGUCUUCUUCCGUCCCCAGCCUGCCUUCCAGCACUCCCUUCGUAUCCAGCACUGGUGUCCCCUCUGGCCCCGGCGCUAGCGUCUCUGUCUCCGUCCCCGGUAGCCCUGCUCCCUCUGGUGUCAGCCCUACCGGAUCCGUCCCUGCCGGCCCCGGUGCUAGCGUCUCUGUCUCUAUUCCUGCCGGCCCUGCUUCCAGCGGCUCUGCUCCCUCCGGUUCUUCUCCUUCCGGCCCUGAGACUACCCCCUGUGACACUCUCACCGGCGUUGAUGUUUCCAGCACUGUGAUCCCCGGUAUGCCCGCUCCCUCCGGCGGUGCCUCUGGCUCCAUCCCCGGCGGCCCUGCUCCUUCCGGCUCUUACCCCUCCGGUGGUGCUUCGGGUCCCGCUCCCUCUGGCCCUGCCGUUACUGGUGGUGCCUCCGGUCCUUCUCCUUCCGGUGUCAGCCCUACCGGCACUCCUGUUGCCCCCGGUGCUGGUGAGACCACCACUCCCUGCGACACCUUGACCAGCGAGCAGGUCGGUAGCACCGUUAUCCCCGGCGUUCCCGCUCCCUCCGGUGGUGCCUCUGGCCCCGCUCCUUCCGGCCCUGCUGUCACUGGCGGUGCUUCCGGUCCCUCCCCCUCCGGUGUCAGCCCUACUGGCACUCCCGUUGCCCCCGGUGCUGGUGAGACCACCACUCCCUGCGACACCCUUACCAGCGAGGAGGUUGGUAGCACCGUCAUCCCCGGUGCCCCUGCUCCUUCCGGUGGCGCUUCCGGCCCUGCUCCCUCCAACACCGACGUCAGCCCCACCGGUACCCCCGUCCCCAGCGGCCCUGCUGCCUCUGGUCCUGCCCCUACCGGCGCUGCCCCCGGUCCCAGCGGUACCCCCGUUGCUCCCGGUGCUGGCGAGUCCACCACCCCCUGUGACACCCUGACCAGCGAGCAGGUCGGUAGCACUGUCAUCCCCGGCAUGCCCGCUCCUUCCGCCUCCGGCCCCGCUCCCUCCAACUCCGACGUCAGCCCUACUGGCACUGCCGUCGUCCCCAGCGGCCCCGGUGCCACCGGCGGCUCAUGGACCGAGACCUGGGCUUACACCCAGACCGUGGAGACCACCAUCUCCGCCACUGUCCCCUGCGAGACUGGCUCCGGCGUUGCCCCUACCGUCACCGUCCCUGCCGCCGCCUCGUCCGUCAUCACCGUCACCGCUACCGUCACCGCCACCGUCUGUGGCUGCGACGAGUAA